AUGGCGGCACCACCAGCAAUCCAAAAACGGCCACCCUUCUCCACCCUCCCCCUCGAUCCCGAGGGGCCUCCGGGCAACGCCUGGGGACUAUACGGGCACAAUGACAAGCUUGGCGCGCUCAACAUGCUGACGCCGGCGGUCGUGGCGGCGGCUGCGCGGGACGAGAUUCGGACGGGCGAGCGCGUGUCGCUCGACUGGUCCCUGGACAAGCCAUCAUACCCGAGUUUUGACCGGCCGUCGUUUGGCUGGGCCAUGACCAACCGGGCGCAUCCCAACGGCGAGUUGCGCACCGUGAAUGACGAUCAUUUGAAUUUCAAUACCCAGGGAAGCUCGCAGUGGGAUGGUUUCAGACACUAUGGGUACCAAAAAGCCAAAAAGUACUAUGGUGGACAUACCCAGGACGAGCUUGACGAUCCAUCAGCGAUUGGCAUCGAUGCCUGGGUUGAAAAGGGAGGCAUUGUGAGCCGUGGUGUUUUGCUAGACUAUGUCGCCUUCUGCUCUCGGCACUCGCUGCCCCUGUCGGCGCUCACCUCGUCCUCGAUCCCGCUCGCGCACCUGCAGCAGAUGGCCGCCGAGGCGCAUCUAGAGCUUCGGGACGGCGAUGUCCUCUUUAUCCGCUCGGGCUUCACGGCCGCCUACGACCAGCUGAGCAUGGCCGAGCAAAAGGCGAUUCCGCAGCGCCCGUCUCCGGAUUUCCUCGGCGUCGAGCCUACCGCUGAAGUCCUGCGCUGGAUCUGGGAGUCUGGCUUUGUGGCUGUCGCUGGCGACAUGCCGAGUUUUGAAAGGGCGCCCAUUGCUGGUCCCCACACGGCGCUGGGUCUCGCCUGGAAGGGCGAGAAGUGGGAAGAAGAGAUGCAGGGAGGUGGACUACUUCAUCAAUGGCUCUUGGGCGGCUGGGGAUUGCCGAUUGGGGAAAUGUUUGAUCUUGAGGCACUGGCUAGGAAAUGCGAGGAAUUGGGUAGGUGGUCAUUCUUUGUCAGUUCCGUCCCAUUAAAGGUCCCAGGCGGCGUGGCUAGUCCACCGAACGCUGUCGCGAUUUUCUAA